AUAAAAAUACUUAGGAAUUAUUUGAGAAAUUACCUUCACAUCGGUAACGUAGAGUAGCGUAGUACUCUGUUAAUAUUUAUUCAAAAUGAUGUCGUGUUUAAAUAAAAUAAUACCAGUUUUAUUGCUUUUAUUUGUAAUUGUAAAAGCUGAAAUAUUUUUGGAAGACAAUUUUGAUGAUGAUAAAUGGGAAAGUUCUUGGGUAUACAGCAAGCAUCCAGGCAAGGAGUUUGGCAAAUUCUUAUGGAGUUCUGGUAACUUCUAUAAUGACAAAAAGGCUGACAAAGGCUUGCAAACAUCUCAGGAUGCUCGAUUCUAUGCAGCUUCAAGAAAAUUUGAACCCUUCAGCAACGAAAACAAAAAUUUAGUCAUACAGUUCUCUGUAAAGCACGAGCAAAACAUCGACUGCGGUGGAGGAUAUGUAAAGCUUUUUGACUGCUCUUUGGAUCAAACAGAUAUGCAUGGCGAAUCUCCUUAUGAAAUUAUGUUCGGACCUGAUAUUUGCGGUCCAGGAACGAAAAAAGUGCACGUCAUUUUCAGUUACAAAGGAAAGAACCUCCUAAUUAGCAAGGACCUGAGGUGUAAAGAUGAUGUAUAUACUCAUUUCUAUACACUUAUUGUGAAACCUGACAACACGUACGAAGUUUUAAUUGAUAACGAAAAAAUUGAGUCAGGCAAUCUAGAGGAUGAUUGGGAAUUCCUUCCGCCAAAGAAGAUUAAGGAUCCUAAUGCUAAGAAGCCUGAAACUUGGGACGACAGAGCUACGAUUCCAGAUCCCGACGAUAAGAAGCCUGCCGAUUGGGAUAAACCUGAAUACAUCCCCGACCCAGAUGCUUCUAAACCAGAAGAUUGGGAUGAUGAAAUGGAUGGUGAAUGGGAGCCCCCUAUGGUAGAUAAUCCAGAAUAUAAGGGCGAAUGGCAGCCUAAGCAAUUAGAUAAUCCAGAUUAUAAAGGAGCAUGGGAGCAUCCUGAAAUUGAUAAUCCUGACUAUAAACCAGACGAAAACUUGUAUUUGAGAAAAGAAUUGUGCAUAUUAGGUUUUGACUUAUGGCAAGUUAAGUCGGGGACAAUUUUCGACAAUGUACUGAUAACUGAUGAUGUCGAAGAGGCUUUUAAAAAGGCGUCGAAGGUAAAAGAAAUUCAAGAAGGAGAGAAAAAGAUGAAAGAAAAGCAGGAUGAAGAGCAACGGAAGAAAGAUGAAGAGGAAGCUAAGAAGAAUGCGGAUAAAGAAGAUGAUGAUGAAAAGGAUGAUGAUGAAGUCGAUGAGGCGCAAGCAAAUGAUCAUGAUGAAUUAUAAAUUUUUUGGACUAGUUCGUAUGUAAGAAUAAUAAAUAUUCACACAUGUCUACGUAAGAUUCAAAAAAUUAACUAAAAGACUUAGUACAUAUUAUUUGGUAUUUCAAGGAAGAGAUUUUCCAGUAUGGAAAAUACAUUUUAGAUUAAAUACUUAAAUAAUAUAGUACCAGUAACUUUGUAAUCGUAGAACCAAAAAAGAAACGCAGUAAAAGAGCGCGAUAUAAACAGUGCUGGCACAUUAAUUAGCACACACUCACCUGCUAUCAUUUUUAAGAAUGUCAUAAAUUAAAAUUUUGUUUAUAUCACACAUUAAA